AUGGCUCCGCUCGCCAGCUUGCAGCUUUCUGACAUUGGUGGUUUGGCGGGGCUUGAUUCGGGUGCUCGUGCGUUGGCACUUGCUCAGGUGCUACGUGCCGAGCUGGUUCAGCAUUGCGACUCGUUUGGGGCAGGACGGAGCUCGACAGCUCUUUCAGUGUCUUUGGGCGACAUUCUCAACGAAAGCGUGUCCAUCGUCAGGAGUCUGAAGAACGCGUCGGCGCCCAUAGAUCAGCUCCCGAACGAGAUCCUCUCCGACAUCUUCGCGCUGGUACCGCGAGAAGCAGCGGACACCUCCGACAUCGCAUCAUUUGGAUUCUUUCAUACCGUCGAUGUCCGCGACGCAGUCCCUCUAACUGCCGUAUGCCGCCGGUGGCGACAGGUCGCGCACGCAACCCCCUCGCUCUGGUCGACCAUCUACGACUCGCGCUCGCCCCGAACCGCUCGUGGCCGUUGUCUGAGCGCUCGAUACACCGGCGGGCCUAUCAGCGUCUUCUGCGACAACAUCGUCUCCGACUCUACCGUCGACCUCCUGCAGAGCCACGCAGAGCGCGUGCGGCACUUCUACGCGUUCGGCUCUCCUACCCUCGCCGCGCUCGCCAAGACGAACCUCCCCUACCUCGAGCACUGUAUCGUACGAGGCGUCUCGAGCGGCGUCUUCGCGCCCCGGUCUCCACUCUUCGCGGGAGAGAGCGUCCGGCUGCGGUCGCUCGUUCUGCACGGCGUCUGCUUCCUCCCCUCCGCUUCCCUUCCUUCGCUCACGCACCUCAUGAUCUCGAAGCCCGCGCGCUUGGCAUCGGGCGCCACCUAUUCCGUCGGCGACCUGCUGGACUUCUUGGCAGGCAGCCCCCUGCUGCGCGAGCUGCACCUGUACCGUCUGGCCGGUUCUGGGGUCGAGAUGGCGAGGGGGGAAGUUGAGGUUCCUGAGGGCCGACAGUGUGUCCGUCUGGAUCGCCUGGAAAGGCUGUGCGUCUCCGAGGCGCAGGACGAGCGCGAGGGCGAGCCGCUGGGGCUUCAGGUCGUGCCCUUCCUGGACGCCCUCGUGCAGCGCAUCAGUAUCGACGAUUCUUGUACUGUGGAGCUCGGCGAGCUGCAGCCGUCCGAACUUGGCCGGUGUUUGGGGUUGCUCGGCCCGUUGAGGAGGGCGACGCGUCUGUGCGUCGAGCACUCCGAGGUCUGGGUGGGGCACGGUACGAGGCGUCACCGCCGUUCCCUGAUACUCGCCGACGCCGAGACGGCUCAUUGUGCUCGUGUCGACGUGGCGCUGCCAACGCAUGAGUACGAGGACGGCUUCCUGCUCCACUUCCUCGAUUCGUUGCGGCAGCCUAUCUUCCAAGACGUGCAGGAGUUGUACGUAGACGGACGAUCCGCUUUCGGCUGGCCUGAGGACGUCUUUGACGCCCUUCCGCGCGUCGAGGUGCUCGUUGUCCGCCUGGGGCGUGGCACGUCGCUCGCGCCUGCACCCUGCGCGAAGGAUGUCGUUGGAGCUCUUGGAGCCUCCUCGACACCAUCGUCCAAGGGCCUCUCGGGCGUGGUUCAUUGUCCUCGGCUGACCACCCUCGUGUGUGGGGCACAGUCCAACGAGGACGAGACGUACCUCCUCCGCCUGGCGGCGGAGCGCGCGCGCGCCGGCUGCCCCCUUCGUCGACUGCUCGUCGGGAGGGAGGCCGGAGAUGGCGCGUUGGCGUGCACGUGCGGCGGGGUGCGCAAAUACGACGGCGAGGGCGGCCUCGUGCGGACGUAUGAUGGGGAGUCGGAGGAGGCGGCAGUAUGGCGGGCGAGCCGGCUGUCGGAGCUGGUCGCUCCCCCUUCUUGUCGGGAUUGGAUGGGAGCCCGGAUGUCCCAUCCUGCGGUGCUUUUUUGAAGGGACAUGUCGUAGAUUGUCGCAGUGGUAGCUAGUUGUACAGAAUAG